AUGACGGUUCGUCUCUCACGGAUCCAACUGGCCAUCUUCUUCAUCCUGCUCUGUCCAGUCAACAUCAUCGGACUCUGGUGGGCAGUGGGCAGUCCUCUGGUCAUGGAUCCCAACAGCAUCUGCAGGAAGGCGAAGCGUCUGGUGGGGAAGCAGGCUGAGCUGUGCCAGACCCAGCCAGAGAUUAUCAGUGAAGUGGCCAAAGGGGCACGGCUUGGCGUCAGGGAGUGCCAGUACCAGUUCAGGUACCGGCGCUGGAACUGCACCAGCCACAAUAAAUACUUUGGCAAAGUACUUCAGCAAGAUAUUCGGGAAACAGCAUUCGUCUAUGCUAUCACAGCAGCUGGUGUGACACAUGCUGUGACCCAGGCCUGCAGUAUGGGAGACCUCCUGCAGUGUGGCUGUGAAGCAACCAGAAACAAAGCGCCUCCCAGGCCACCUUCUUCAUCUUCUCCUGGGGAUGGAGUUAAAUGGGAGUGGGGAGGUUGUGGAGACGAUGUGGAAUUUGGUUAUGAAAAGUCCAAACAGUUUAUGGAUGCCAAGAAGAGAAGAGGCAGAAGUGACAUAAGGACACUCAUUAACCUUCACAAUAAUGAGGCGGGAAGGCUGGCAGUGAAGCUGUACAUGAGGACUGAGUGCAAGUGCCAUGGGCUGUCGGGCUCGUGCACAUUGCGUACGUGCUGGAAAAAGAUGCCUCAUUUCCGUGAGGUGGGCGACCGCCUGCUGGACCGGUUCAACGGUGCUUCCAAGGUGAUGGGUGGCAACGAUGGGAAGACCCUGAUCCCCGUGGGCCAGAACAUAAAGCCCCCAGACAGACAGGAUUUGAUCUACUCAGACGAGUCUCCAGAUUUUUGCCUCCCGAAUCGAAAAACGGGCUCCCUGGGAACGCGGGGCCGCAUGUGCAACAGCACGGCCAUGGACAUCAGCGGCUGUGAUUUGUUGUGCUGCGAGCGAGGCUACAGGGAAGAGACGGUGGUGUUCGAGGAGAACUGCUUGUGUCGUUUCCAUUGGUGUUGCGUUGUUCAGUGCAAAAAGUGCCUGGUGCGAAAAGAGCUUAGUCUGUGUCACUGA